AGGUCGUAGAACUGGUUCAGGCAAAACCGACCUGCUAACACUGUGUGCUGUGUUCAAAUGAGUCCGGGUGGGAAAUAUUUCCAUUAACGAAAGGAGGGUGUUACGAAAUGGAGGCAGCCUCUGGAGGGGGCGGAAUAAGCUGUCGGCUGGAGUUUGCUGUCCAGAUGACCUGCCAGAAUUGUGUGGAGGCUGUUCAAGCAGCUCUCCAAGAAGUACCAGGUGUACAGGUGCUUGAUGUCAAUCUAGAUUCACAGAGUGUGCUACUAGAGACCAAUCUCCAAACUGAGAAGGUCCAGAGCCUUUUGGAAAGCACAGGACGCAAGGCUGUGCUAAAAGGAAUGGGGGGCACUGUGCCACAACCAUUUGGCAAUGCAGCUGUGGCUAUGGUGUCUGGCCCUGGACUGGUGCAGGGUGUGGUGAGGUUUUUGCAGGUCUCUGAAGAGAAAUGCCUUAUUGAUGGCACCAUUGAUGGUCUGGAGUUUGGCCCACAUGGCCUGCAUGUUCACGAGUUUGGGGAUAUCUCUGGUUUCUGUGACAGCUGUGGGGACCACUUCAACCCUGAUGGGGAGUGCCAUGGGGGCCCACAGGACCUGCACAGGCAUGCCGGGGAUCUUGGAAAUAUCCUGGCUGCUGCUGAUGGAAGGGCUUCCUUCAGGAUGGAAGACAACCGAUUGAAGGUCUAUGACAUCAUUGGGCGCUCUUUGGUAGUAGACGCAGGAGAGGAUGACUUGGGCCGUGGAAGCCAUCCACUCUCAAAAGUCACGGGCAAUUCAGGCGAGAGAGUGGCCUGUGGAAUCAUUGCACGCUCUGCUGGCCUCUUCAAGAACCCCAAGAAAAUAUGUACCUGUGAUGGAGUGACGAUAUGGGAAGAACGGGAACGGUCAGCAGCCGGGCCAGGAAGGAGGGCUGCCAGCCAGCCAACCCCUCAUCUUUAGGAUAUCUCACUCAUCCUGCACCAUCUCUGCUGCCAGUUGUCUGUCUUCUUGGCCUACGACUCUUUAUGGCUCUUGCACUGAAGGGGUUGAUCUGUGGCUAGCCACCACAAUACAAGGCCUAGAAACCUUGACAACAAUCUUCUCCUUGCAGUGAUGUGGGUGGGGUGGGUAUAUUUUUGACAGGCUGGCCUUGUUCACAAGUGGAGGAGAUUGGAUAGUACCUCAGUGUGAACUUUGCUCCAUCUAAAAACAUUCCAAGAGAAGCAUUUGCCCUCUGGGUGGAGGCUCCUGCACUCAAAUGUUUUGGCCUUGCCCUGUUGAGCUUACUUCUCUUUCCCCGCUGUUGUUGCUCAACCAUCUUUCCCUGAUCUCUGUCCUUUCCCUGGCCCUCUCACACAUUAUUAAAAGGGUUGGCUCUUGUUCUUCAUGACUACCUGUGGCAGGUGGAAAUGGUGCAUCUUUAUGAAGGUGCAAAAAGGCCAAAACUUAGCCUGUUGGAUAGCUACUGGUCAUGCAACUUUGAAAAGCCAAGUAGCCUACCUUGGGGAGGUGGUGGUGGAGAGGAGGUGGCAUCUUGAAAAGGCCCCCUUGUUGUGGAGAGAAUGUCUCAGCUGUUUAAUCUGUCCUUUGAUUUAGGAAAAUUUGCAGGUAGUGGCUAUGCCAGUUCAUGGAAAAUUGUUACCUUUCAGUGAGUAAACGCUUACUAGUGCCAUCAUGGGUGUGUUUAAAUAAUGUUAAACGCUGAGUAUUGUAUGAAAGUGCCUUAAUUUUAGACAUGAUUGCACGAUUCCUUUUUUGAAACAUUGUCUUAGUCUUCCCUGAUGUGGCACAAUGGUAGGGCUUCAGGAGAGGAUGCCAUUCCAGUCUUACAGGAGGGCAACUCACAGUGAUCCUGCGUAUGAAGCUACCUUCAUAAACAUAAAUGACUUGUUUGGCCACAUACUUGCAAUCAGAAAAGUUAAGCUGAUCAGCUUUCUCCCACUGUCAGUGCAUGCUGAUAGAUAAAGCAGGGAAUUAUAAACCAAGACAGAAAUUACCUAUAUGCAAUGGGUUGCUUAUUCUGGAUUGAUAGAUUAAAUGCAAAAUUCAAGGAUGUUAUUGUCUGGGAUUAGAGGAGGAAUUAUGGAAACAGCGGUAGUGGUACUCUGCUUCUUUCCUUGUUGGGCCAAGGGAAUGUUUAGAGAGAAUUCUCAGGUGUGCAUUUGUUAGACCUGUUCCUUGUGUUCUUAAAUCAACCAUUAAAUUUUACAUCCUUACACACAA